AUGGCGCUUUUAGUUCCAUCGCCGGGAAUUUCAUCACUCGCCGGCGCCGGAAGGCCGAGAAGAAUUUAUCUCCGGGCCAUAAGAACGAAUUUCAGGUUUACUGUCUGCGCGGGCGUUACGGAUGUCGAGAAGGAUGUAAUGAAAUCUAGGGUUGAUUAUUGCUACGAGGAUACUGUGAGAUGGUUGUACGAGCGGGUGAAGCAGACCGAGGCAGAUGCUGCGCCGUUUUCAGCCGUUAGGACUAAGGACGAUGAAGGGGAGAAGAACGAUUACUAUGUGAAUACGGGAUAUGCGAUUCGGGCCCUCCGUGAGGAGUUUCCGAAGCUUUUCUACGAGGAGCUCAGCUUUGAUAUCUACAGGUGA